CUGCCAUCAGUCAGAAAGCAAGAUGGGCAUGACUAGGGCAGCCCAGAUGGGCCAAGGGAAGGGUCGCCCACUCACCCUGAUGGUGCUGCUGGUGGUUGCCCUCCUCCUGCCAGGAACCCUGGCUAAAAGCAUCCGGGCCUUCUCUGAUCCCUGUAAGGACCCCACCAGAAUCACCUUUCCCAAUGAUCCCUGUAUCACAGGGAGUAGUGGUUCCAGUGGCUCCAGUGGCUCCAGCGGCUUUGGUGGCUCCAGUGGCUCCAGCAGCUCCAGUGGUUCCAGCGGUGUUGGUGGCUCCAGCGGUUCUAGUGGCUCCAGCAGCUCCAGUGGUUCCAGCGGCUCCAGUGGCUCCAGUGGUUCCGGUGGCAGUUCCAGUGGCGUUAGUACUUUCCACAGCUCCAGUAGUGGUUCUAACAGCGCCAGCAGUGGUUCCAGUGGCUCCAGCAGUUCCCAGGAGUCCUCCUACUUUAUUUCCUCUCAGUCUGACUCUGUCCCUGUUCUAUCAUCUAGCUGGUCAUCCCAAUCUGGAUCUGGCUCCUCCAAACCUGGAUCUGUCAUCUCUCAGUCCUCUUGGAUGUCCUCUAAUAGCGGUGGUGGCAGCCCUGCUGUGUCUGUCUCUGGUCUAGCACCCUGUGGUCCAGACAAUCCUUAUUCACACUGCAGUGGGGGCCCUCUCCCAUCCUCCAGCUCCAGCUCCAGCUCCCACUCCAUAUCUGGGGGCCAUAAGCCUGUGGUGGUGGUGGUAGAGCAGCAUGGUUCUGGUGGCAACCGGGUAAUAGCGGGGCCUCCAUGCAGCAACGGUGGGGCUCCUGGCAAGCCUUGUCCCCCUAUCACCUCCUCUAACUCCUAUGGUAGCUAUGAAGUGGUAGGUGGGUCCUCUAACAGUUACUUGAUCCCAGGUAUGACCUAUAGUAAGGGUAAAAUCUAUCCUGUUGGCUACUUCUCUAAGGAGAACCCCCCCAAGGGUUCUCCAAGUGUCCCCAACUUUGCUGCUGGACCCCCUAUCUCUGAGGGGAAGUACUUCUCCAAUAACCCCUUCAUCUCCAGCCGUGGUUCCAGUAUCUCUUACCAUUCAGGAGGCUCUUCCCCACUUGUUAUUUACCAGCCUGUGGGCACGGGCGGUGUCCAGACUGGGAGCUCUGUGCUUCAGCCUUGUGGGUCUGGUUCCCAAAUCUCAGUGGGGCCCUGCUCCUCCUCUUCCUCCUCCUCCUCCUCCAGCUCUGUGGUUCACGGUAGCUCCAGUGUGUCCAGCAGUUCCAUUUCCUCCCACCCUUGCGGGAGUGGUUCCCAGGGCUCCAAAGGGCCCUGUUCCUCUGUGGGCUCCAGCUCCCUCAGUAGCAAAAAUGUGAUUCUCCAGCCUUGUGUGAGUGGCUCUACCUCUUCUGGCAAACCCUGUGGGUCCUUGUCCUCUUCUUCCUUUGGAUCCAAAGUGAGUGGGAGUCUUGAGGGCUCCCCUCAACUAGAUCCUUCAGCAGGGGCUAAGCCCUGUGGUUCUAGCUCUGGCAGCAUCCCCUGCCGUUCCAUUCGUGACCUUCUGGCCCAAGUGAAGCCACUGGGGCCACAGUUGGCUGAUCCUGAGGUUUUCUUGCCCCAAGGAGGGCCCCUUGAGAGUCCUUGAGUGUAUGCGCACACACACACACACACACACACACACACACACACACACACACACACCAAUUCUCUUCUUCCAUCACCUUGGGAUGAUGGAGAAAGCUCCAGGAAUAUAAAGAUCCCAGCAUGAGGCUGGCUCCACUUCCUAUCUAUAAUUCAAGAGAGCUCCUCAUCCCAAUAUGGACAAAUCUCUGCAUCACCUUGGUGAUGCCCAUUGCUCCCACAACCCUACCCCUUCAUUUGCUGUAGACAAUGAAUUUCAUCCUCUAAUACUCUUCCAACCAAAAAAGUUCUGUUGGACAAUUAAUUAAGCUUCUGCUUAGACAAUUAAUCAUUGUCCAGCCCACCCCAACACACAAUAUAUUCUCUCCAAAGUUGUGGCAUCUAUCAUCUUGGCUAUCAGCCAAGCAUCCCUUCUGUCAACACCUCUCUUACAACCCCCACUUCCCAACCUCUUUUCGUCAAACCCAAUUGGGUCAAGCCCAAUCUGUUACUCGUAUGUCUCAUCCUACUGCUUUGGAUUUUCAAGUGGUGGAAUUAUUUUAUCCCCUUAACAAUGAACUAAAUAGUACUUCAGGCACCUGGCGUAGCUGCUGGAGCCCAAAUGCCUCCAACCACAUCCAUUCCUGUCCCUGGUCCCCCAGUCAACUCCCUACCUAACUACCCUUUCCUCAGACUUCAGAACUGUUCUGGAGGGGAGAUGGGGUAUCCUUAGAGAAUGGAGCCGGUUCCCCACUCUCUCUGGAGCCUAAAGCUGAUGGUAGAUCAAUAAAACAUAUACCGAA